AUGCCGGAAAUCAAUUUACAAUCGCCCCUUCUUCCUAGCUACGAAGAACCCGAAGAGCCUGAAAAGUCGAUCAAGCCUGCUAUAAUCGUUGCGAUCGCAUCCACCUGGGUCGCCACUUCCCUCGCUGCAGCAGACAGCACCAUCACUUCAACCCUUUCGGCAACUAUUGCCCAUGAAUUCAACUCCCUCGCACUUGUAUCAUGGCUAGGUACCGGCUACCUCAUUGGUUUGACAGCUACGCAACCACUCAGCGGGAAACUGAGUGACAUUUUUGGGCGACGCGUGAGCUUUUGCUUUGCGACAAGCAUGUUCACUAUCGGCAAUCUUACCUGCGGUUUCUCCCAUUCACAGGUCACACUGAUUGCUGCUCGGAUUCUGACGGGUAUUGGUGGCGGAGGGUGUAUAUCCAUCUCGACAUUCAUUUGCUCGGAUAAUAUUCCCCUCAAUCGACGGGGUCUCUGGCAGGGCAUUGGUGCGCUGGUAUACACUAGUGGGAUGGGUCUCGGCGCAGUGAUCGGAGGCUUAGUUAAUGAUCACCUGGGAUGGAGGUGGGCGUUUAUUGGGAUUGCUCCAAUCUCACUUAUCGCUACACUAGGUGCUGCAACAUUUGUGCCGAGUCACCAUGAAAAAGGAAAAAAACUCGGUGAAAUGUCAAGCCGUGUUGAUUUUGCUGGCUCUGUGACUUUGGUUUCGUCACUCGUGUUGUUGAUGCUGGGGCUAAACCAUGAGGGCCCGCGAAUUGAGACUCCGCUCUUCCUCACUGCCAUCCCCCUUGGACUGGUACUCCUGGUCGCAUUUCUGUAUAUCGAAUACAAAUGGGCGAAAGAGCCUAUCAUACCCUUGUCACUCUUCCGUCGACGAACAGUUGUUGCAACAUGCUUGACUGCCUGGUUCAUGUCCAUGGCCUUCUUCGCGCUCAGCUUUUACGUGCCACUAUACCUGCAAAUGCUCGGAUACUCCACUAGCGAGACAGGUCUCCGCCUCCUUCCAGACUCUAUCGGUGCGGGCGUGGGAUCAUUUAUCGUUGGUCUUAUUAUCAGGAUCACUGGCAAAUACGGCGUGUUCAGAUAUAUCAUGCCAUUAUUACUAGUCAUCGCCGCUCUUGGAUUCGCUCUCAUUUCUACGAGGACGUAUUGGAUCUUGCCUGAAAUCUAUCUACUCUGCAAGGGAUUCGGCAUGGGAGGUGCUUUAACCAUGUUAAUCCUCGCGUUGUUACACGCAGUUCCGCAUGAAAAGCACGCGACAGCCACUUCUGCCUAUUAUGCGUUCCGUUCGACGGGGUCAACACUGGGGCUUUCUGUUGUGAGUGCGAUAUUUAACCGGCAAAUCCAACAUGCCUCUAUGGGGAAGGGAGCAACUUGCACGGAAGAAGAUGCCUGCUAUCUUGAUGCUUUGCAUGACGCUUUCCGGCUCGCGCUGGGAUUUGCUUGCGUUGGAUUCAUCUCGGCUCUUUUCGUUGGCAACUAUACCACCAAAGCUCACGAAGAAAAUUCUGAGGAGAGUCAUUAA